AGCGGCCUGGGCGGGGCAGGAGGUGGAGGCGCCGCGUAGGCCCGGGAGGCCGGCCCGGCCCGGCUGGGAGCUCGAGCUCCAUGCGCCGCCGCCUCCCCCAACGAUGUUCCCCUCCCGGAGGAAAGCGGCGCAGCUGCCCUGGGAGGACGGCAGGUCCAGGUUGCUCCCCAGUGGCCUCCCCCGGAAAUGCUCUGUCUUCCACCUCUUCGUUGCCUGUCUCCUACUGGGCUUCCUCUCCCUGCUCUGGCUGCAGCUCAGCUGCUCUGGUGACGUGGCCCGGGCAGCCAGGGGACAAGGGCAGGAGACCCCAGGCCCACCCCGGGUGUGCCCCCCAGAGCCACCCCCUGAGCACUGGGAAGAAGAUGCAUCAUGGGGUCCCCAUCGCCUGGCAGUGCUGGUGCCCUUCCGUGAACGCUUUGAGGAGCUCCUGGUCUUUGUGCCCCACAUGCACCGCUUCCUGAGCAGGAAGAAGAUCCAGCACCACAUCUAUGUGCUCAACCAGGUGGAUCAUUUCAGGUUCAACCGGGCGGCACUCAUCAACGUGGGCUUCCUGGAGAGCAGCAACAGCACGGACUACAUCGCCAUGCACGAUGUGGAUCUGCUCCCUCUCAACGAGGAGUUGGACUAUGGCUUCCCUGAGGCUGGGCCCUUCCAUGUGGCCUCCCCAGAGCUCCACCCGCUCUACCACUACAAGACCUACGUCGGUGGCAUCCUGCUGCUCUCCAAGCAGCACUACCAGUUGUGCAAUGGGAUGUCCAACCGCUUCUGGGGCUGGGGCCGCGAGGACGACGAGUUCUACCGGCGCAUCAAAGGAGCCGGGCUCCAGCUUUUCCGCCCUUCGGGAAUCACAACUGGGUACAAGACAUUUCACCACCUGCAUGACCCAGCCUGGCGGAAGAGGGACCAGAAGCGCAUCGCAGCUCAAAAACAGGAGCAAUUCAAGGUGGACCGGGAGGGAGGCCUGAGCACCGUGAAGUACCGUGUGGAUUCCCGUACAGCACUGUCUGUGGGAGGGGCCCCCUGCACUGUUCUCAACAUCAUGUUGGACUGUGACAAGGCAGCCACCCCCUGGUGCACAUUUGGCUGAGUUGGCUGGACAGUAAGGAAGCCAGUGCCUCUAGGCUGCACUGCCUCUCAGGACCAGGACCAAGCCUCAGGCCCCGGGCCAGCUCCAGCAGGAUAUGCAGUGGCCUGAAGUAGUGGACAGCAAGCCCUGUGUUUGCAGCAGCCCCACUCCCAGAGGCAGGCUUGAGCUGGGACAGGACACACACAGGGUGCCUGGGAUGCUGCUGGCAAUAAACAGUGAUGGAAGAGGCUGGGAUGUGGCUUCUGCCUG